AUGCUUGAAGUUAACAGACAGAUCAAGCAAAUACUUCUCGGCGAAUCUGAUAUUAAGGAACGCGAUGCUAAUAGUUCCACUGAAGAAGACUGGGAGCUCCCUAUCCCGGACUACGUAUUUCCUAAACGAGCUCGGCUUAUAGAGAACUUUUACGGUCCUAACGCAGAAGAUUUUCAUAAGGACAAAUUACUUGCUCGACGCAUCCAGGUUACCAAGGAUAUGGUUACGCUUCUACUACUUUACGAGCCGAGCAGACGAGGCAACCGUGUUAAUUGGGAUCUCGAUAAAGAGGAAAACAUACCUAUUGAACAGCCCGAGCAACUAGCGUUUGAUAAUAAUACACAAAUAUGUCCAACAGAUAUUUGUAUCAUCUGCUUCGGUGAAUCUCGUCGCUCGGCGUCGAACCCUCCUCCGCAUAAAUUUCCUUCCAAGCGACGCGGACUCACUUCGUCGUCAUCUCACCGAAAGGCCACAGGUUAG